AUGGACGUCGAACUGUAUGUGUAUGACCUUUCUCAAGGUCUUGCGCGAAGCAUGUCGCGACAAUUCUUGGGCAUUCAGAUCGAUGCCGUAUAUCACACCUCAAUCGUACUCGACGGCAUAGAAUACUACUACGGAUCAGGCGUGCAGACAUGUCGGGCGGGCACUACUCACCAUGGCCGGCCGAUGGAAGUAAUCAAACUGGGGCAGACUGCGCUUCCCAUGGAGGUCAUAUUAGAGUACCUCGAGUCUCUCAAGGAAAUAUACACGGCCGAGUCCUACGAUCUUUUCGCCCACAACUGCAACAACUUCUCGAACGACUUCGCCAUGUUCCUUGUCGGCAAAGGAAUACCAGACCACAUCACUUCCCUCCCUCAGACCGUCCUGAACACGCCGUUCGGACAGAUGCUCAAACCGCAAAUCGACGCCGCUAUGCGACCCAUCGUCCAAGCGCCCACACCGCAGCCGGUACAACCGCAAGCCCAUACGAAAGCGUCGAGCGCAAAUACAUCCAAUGGGGUCUCUUCUGGGGGUAGUGCUUUGGAAAUGAACACGGGCCGGGUCAACAACAUAACAACACUGAAGGAUGUAGACCGCCUUCUCGACCUCGCCAAAGACCGUUGCGCCAUCAUCUUCUUCACGAGCUCCACAUGUGCGCCAUGCAAGCUGGUGUACCAACCGUAUGACGACCUCGCCGCCGAGACUGGCACCAAGUGUGUCUUCAUCAAAAUCGACUUCAGCCACGCCGAUCGCUCCAUCAACGCCCGCUAUCCCGACGUUCGCGCGACCCCAACAUUUAUAACAUACCUCAAAGGCGAAAAGCGAGACGAAUGGAGUGGAGCUGAUCCCAGGCAGCUGCGGAACAACGUGGAGAUGCUGGUCAACGCCGCGUUCCCAGCGCACCCACAUCUCGAGAAGAGCACACCCAUGCUGUUGCGGCAAAGUCAAAGGCCUGUCAAGUUUACCAAGGUGCCGCCACUAGAGAAGCUCGUCGCGAAGAUGGGAGAUGCAGGAAAGGAGCCAGCUGUGUCGUCAGUUGUAUCUUUCAUACAGACCCGCGAACAGUCUGGUGCUAUAGAAGCACCUUUAGGGGAUUUGCCGCAGUUCGCCAGUUUCCUGAGGAACAGCGCCUCAGUUCUCCCACCAGAGCUUCUAUUCACGGCCCUAGAUCUGCUCAGGGUGGCCUUAACCGACGUGCGCGUGGCCGGCUUCUUCGCGGAAGAACACAAGGGAGCAACUGGCACACCGGCCACUAUACACCAUCUGCUGGACCACGUCGACAAGCUCGGCGAUUCCGCGCCUUACCCUCUUAGACUUACGACACUGCAUCUCGCAUGCAAUCUCUUCUCAUCGCCACUCUCCAUACCGCACCUCCUCUCUCCCCCGCUCUCAUCAACGCUAAUCUCCAUCCUAACAACCGCGCUCCUCGACGAGAAGCACCCCGCGCUCAAAGCCUCGGCUCUCAGCCUAGCCAUGAACAUCGCGUCUUCGAACCACCAAAUUCGCAUGAAGAAGCACAGCGCAAACCCGUCGGCCUCGUUAUCUUCACAGACCGAACUGCCGGACGCGGAGCAGGGUGAGCUUCUGGCGUCGCUACUGGAAAACAUUGGCACUGAAGAGCAGUGGAGCGAGAACCAGAAGAUGGGUGUCAUAUGUGUUGGCUGGUUGGUGUAUGCCGCGGAUAUGCAGGGUGAAUUGAGGGAUACGUGGAAGGUUAUGGAUGCGGCGGGUACUAUUGGGAACGUUCAGGCGAAGGCUGGGGAGGAUAGCUUGAUGGUCAAGGAGGUUAAGGGGUUGUUGGAGGUAUAG